AUGGCGUCCACAGCGACGUCGGCGACGACAGACACGCCGCCGAAGCUGCUGAAGAAGGCGGGCACAACAGAUACCAACAAGAUACCCUCAACACCCAUGCACACCACAUUUGGCUGCACACAUAUCAAAGGACUCCUCGAACAAGCACGAAAGCAAGCGAUCGACCAAUACACAAAAGCGAUCCGAGUAGUCAAGAACGAAGACAACUUUGCCGAUAGAUACUACAAGAACGCAGACGGCCCAUCAUGUACGAUUCGAGUGACAUAUUUAUGUCUGCAAUGUCCGAGAGUGAGCGCGACUAGGGAGAGACAUUCUAAGGGACAUGGCUUCUCGGUAGAGUCAACAAACGGCUUCAUCUACUGCCACGAGUGCGAGGACUUCAUCUACGAUCCGACCUUUGAGGAGAUACGAGACACAAAGAGCAAGAAGCGGAAACAGUCGGAUUCACUGUCAGAAAGUGAUCGUAAACUGGUUGCGAGCAAUACCACAGCUACACCAUGUGCGGCAACGGGGUUGAGAGGAUUCUAUAACAUGGGCCAGACGUGCUUCAUGUCGGUGAUACUACAGUCGCUCAUACACAACCCUCUGAUACGGGCGUGGUAUCUCUGCGAAGGCCACAAAUCGAGCGAGUGCGAGCGCGACUGCUGCACGUCGUGUUCCCUGGACGACAUCUUCACCGACUUCUUUGGCUCAGAAAAGCAUGAAGGAUACGGAGCGGUACAUAUGCUGCAAGCUUGCUGGAAAGGAGGCGGAAGUCUGGCAGGGUACAGUCAACAAGAUGCACACGAGUUUCUGGGCUUUAUACUGGACAGUCUACAUGAGGCGAUUACCGAUAGCGAUGAGAAAGAGGAUGGGAAUGACACACAAAAGAAGACUGAGAGCUGUGACUGCAUCAUACACCAGACAUUCAGUGGUCUCAUGAGGAGCACGGUUACUUGCUCGGAGUGCAAGAACACGAAUACCACAUCAGAGCCCUUCAUGGAUCUGAGUCUGGAUAUCAAGACUACUGGCUUCGUCACCAAGAAGAAGAAGCUGGCGCUUACAAAUGCGGUACAGACUAUAAAGGAGGCCAUACCGAUGGAUUUGCGAGAGUGUCUGGAUCGAUUCACCAGCACCGAGACUCUGACGAGCGAGAACUACACCUGCCGGAAAUGCAAUGCGCCAAAGGAAGCGAAGAAGAAGCUGUCCCUGACACAACUACCGCCUGUCCUACCAAUACACCUCAAGCGCUUUGCCCAUAGCAAGACGAAAGCCGAGAGCAACAAAGUCAACACCACAAUCCGCUUUCCCUUCUCGCUCGACAUGUCGCCCUGGCUCUCCAAAGAAACCAAAGCUCCUACAACAAACGGCCACCAUCCCGAAAAGAACGACGACAGCGAUGACGGCGACACCAUAGACGUCAAACCUGCCGCCAAGAAGGACAAGAAGGAAGACUCCGAGCCGCAGAAACCCAUCUUCGAGCUGUCAUCUGUGGUUGUGCACAAGGGGAAAAUUGACAAUGGGCAUUACAUCUCGUAUUCGAGGCAGGGGAACGAGUGGUUCAGGUUUGAUGAUGAGAAGGUUGUGCAGGUGGAAGAGAGGGAGGUGUUGCAGGCUGAGGCGUAUAUGCUGUUCUAUGUCAUUGCGGAGUUUUGA